AUGGAGGACUCGACUACAACGACAUCCUUUGACGUUGUCAUUAUUGGCGCGGGAAUGUCCGGCAUCAACGCUGCCUAUCGAGUACAGAAUGAGACAUCCGCGGGCACAGAUUACGCUAUUCUAGAGGGUCGCGACGCUCUUGGGGGAACAUGGGAUCUCUUCCGAUACCCGGGCCUUCGCUCCGACUCUGACAUGUUCACUUUCGGGCUGCCCUGGAAUCCGUGGGACCGGGCCCAGUCAAUGGCUAGCGGGCAGCACAUAAAGAACUACCUGAACGAAGCUGCCCGGAAAGCUGGAAUAGCUAGCAACAUCCGCUAUGGGCACACCGUCACAGCGGCCAGCUGGAAAUCAGAGAGGAUGUUUUGGGAGCUACAGGUCUCUGUGGCUGGAAAGGACGAGUCUGUCGUCUUUAGGGCCAAGUUCGUGCUUCUCGGGACUGGCUACUAUGAUUAUGAAACGCCUCUGCAGGCACACAUUCCUGGGAUCGAGAACUUCGGUGGCAAAGUCAUCCAUCCGCAGUUCUGGCCCGAAGACUACGACUAUUCUGGCAAGAAUAUUGUCAUCAUCGGGAGCGGAGCCACAGCCGUGGCACUUCUCCCGUCGGUUGCAGACAAGGCAGCGCGAGUCACAAUGCUUCAAAGAAGCCCGACAUAUAUCCUCUCAUUAUGGGACACGCACUUCAUCAUAAGCUUUCUCUUCGCCGUUCUGCCAAAGUCAGUUGCAUCGUCUAUUUUGCGGUUCGUGUUCCUCUUGGGCAGUGUUCUCUCCAACCUUGUUUGCGAGCUGUCACCCGGACUCGCCAAACUUUUCAUCAAAGCGGUCACGCUCUGGCAGCUGCCGCCGGAAAUCAAAUGGGAUCCUCACUUCAAACCUCGUUAUAACCCAUGGGAGCAGCGAUUCUGCGCUUGCAAAAAUGGGGACUUCUACGCCGCGCUUCGAUCAGGGAAAGCAGACGUGGUCACAGACAGAAUAAAGGAGAUCACAAAGGAUUCGAUCGAAUUAGAGUCAGGGGCAUCCCUCCAUCCAGAUGUCAUCGUCACCGCCACGGGGCUCAAACUCAAGUUUGGCGGCGGCAUUCGUUUCUCUAUUGACGGGCAGCCCUACAAGUUGAACGAAAAGUUCGCCUGGAAAGCCGUCAUGGUACAAGAUGUACCCAACGUGUUUUUCCUAACGGGAUUUCAGAAUGCCUCGUGGACUUUGGGCGCGGAUAUAUCUGUUCGGAUAUUUGUGCGCCUCAGGCACUUGACGGAGAGGCGGAAUGCCCGCGCCGUUGUGCCUCGAGUGCCGGAUGAGAAGGCCAUGAAAGAGGAACCGAUGAUGAGCUUAUCCUCGACGUAUGUGAAACCGAUCCGUCAAGUCUUCCCCAAAGCAGGAAGAGGAAUAUGGGCUCCAAAAUCAAAUUAUUAUCUAGACAUGUUCCGGGCGAAACGGGGGGAUGUCACGACUGAUUUGGAGUUCUUGUUAUGA